AUUCCAACUCAAACUUUUACAUUAUAUUUUGCUUAAUUAUUUUUUAGACAAUUCAAAUGAAGGGUGUAUCUGAAUAUAUGGUGCUUCUAGUUCUAGUUUUGCAAUGUUUUAAUAUGGUGGUUAAAGUGAACUCACAAAAGGUUCCUGGUAUGUUUGUUUUUGGAGAUUCACUUGUGGAAGUUGGUAACAACAAUUUCCUAAGUACUUUUGCAAAAUCAAAUUUCUAUCCAUAUGGUAUUGAUUACAAUGGUAGACCUACAGGGAGAUUUUCUAAUGGGAAAUCCCUCAUUGAUUUCAUUGGUGAUAUGUUGGGUGUUCCUUCUCCUCCACCUUUUUUAGACCCUACUAGUACAGAGAACAAAUUACUUAAUGGAGUCAAUUAUGCAUCAGGUUCUGGUGGCAUUCUUGAUGAUUCAGGGAGACACUAUGGGGAUAGGCAUAGCAUGAGCCGGCAACUCCAGAACUUUGAGAGAACAUUGAAUCAAUAUAAGAAAAUGAUGAAUGAAACUGCAUUGAGUCAAUUCUUAGCUAAGUCAAUAGUGAUUGUGGUGACUGGAAGUAAUGAUUAUAUAAAUAAUUACCUCCGACCUGAAUAUUAUGGCACUAGUAGAAAUUAUUCUGUCCCUCAAUUUGGCAAUCUUCUUCUCAAUACCUUUGGGCGACAAAUUCUGGCACUAUACAGCCUGGGAUUAAGGAAGUUCUUCUUAGCAGGAGUUGGACCACUUGGUUGCAUUCCUAAUCAAAGAGCUAAUGGAUUUGCCCCACCAGGAAGGUGUGUGGAUUCAGUAAAUCAGAUGGUUGGAACUUACAAUGGAGGACUCAGAUCAAUGGUGGAGCAGUUCAACAGAGACCAUUCUGAUGCCAAGUUUGUAUAUGGAAACACUUAUGGUGUCUUUGGUGAUAUUCUUAAUAACCCUGCUGCCUAUGCAUUCAGUGUUAUUGAUAGAGCUUGUUGUGGUCUUGGAAGGAAUAGAGGCCAAAUAUCAUGUCUCCCAAUGCAAUUUCCAUGUGCAAACAGAGCACAAUAUGUGUUCUGGGAUGCUUUUCACCCAACGCAGUCUGCAACUUAUGUAUUUGCUUGGAGAGCUGUUAAUGGCCCCCAGAAUGAUGCUUAUCCAAUUAAUAUCCAACAAUUGGCUCAAAUGUAACUUAAUCUUCUAUGUAUUGUUGUAAUUACUGUUGUUUCCUUUAUGAAACAGAUAAUGUAUCAAAAUUGAUGUGAAAUAUAAUAUUUGA